UUUUAGAAAAAUUAAAUUGGUUUCGAGUAGAACAUUCAAAACUACAAUUAUUUGCCCAUUCUAAGAUCCCUGUACUGGUCAUCGAAUAAAACUCACCCUGUAUAAUCUGAAAAGUUUCUUCACGAAAUAAAAGUCACUUUUCAUUUCUAAUAAUCGUAAUGAAUAACCGCGAUAAACUGAAGUGGUUUACAGGAAUUUUACAUAGUCAAAGAGUGCUUGCAGAAGUUACUGAAAUGAUCAGAACCAGUAAUAUUCUGCAUAACAGUGUCUUAAAUAUUAACACUAACGAUGUAGAAGAAUACUCAGAUCUGAACUUUGGAAAUACUCUGAGCUUGCUGACAGGKGAUUAUUUACUUAGCAACAGUUUUAAAGAAUUAGCAGGACUCAAAAACCAAGAAGUAAACGAAUUGGUAUCUAUGUGUUUAAGGGAUUUAGUGGARGCCGAAUUUAUAGGCCCYCGAGAUAAWCAAAACAGACCUUUACCGGCUAAACCGCUCGAGGAGUCAUCCGAAAUAAUAAUUCCUAAUGAAUUUGGAACUGCUCCGUUAAAAGUGAAGGAAGUUCUUGGAAAUGCCAAAGCCGAAUGGACUCUUAGACACUUUUUAGGAAGUGGUAGCUUGUUAGCAAAAAGUUGCCAAGCUGCUUUAAAAUUAGCUAAUCAUCCUGAGGAAUUUCAAAAACUGGGAUACCUAUUUGGAAGAAACAUGGCUCUAGGAUGGCAAGCGUAUUUCGACUUGGAAUGUUUCGAGGAAGGGUGCAAAAAACCAUUUGAUCUGAUAUCGGAUCCAUAAUUUUAGCUCCGAUCUUGUUCCAUUUACAACAUGAUCCUGAUUUCUACGCAGAAAUUCUAAAAGGCUCUGAAGACGUACGGAACUGUGACUAUGAUAGGAUAAGGGAAUUGGUGCAAUCGGGACCUGGGCUUGAAAUGACUCGCCAAUUAAAGCAAAAUUUUGUAAAGAACUGUUUUGAUAUAUUAGACGAAUUCCGAGCAACGGACGCAAAACGAGCUUUAGUAAAUAUAUUAAAGGUUUUAUAAUGUUCAUUGUAACUGUAAAUUUUGAGUACUGAUAAUCUGAAAUGUGUACAAUACGAGUUUGUUAUUUUCCAAUCUUUACACUGUGAUAUGUGCAAUAAAUAUUGGACAAAGCCAUUUUAAGUAUAAAUUUCAAAUGUUUUAUCAGAAA